CAGCCGAGCCGGGCGGGCAGAGCGGCGUGCUCCGGUUCCGGGCAGCACCUCAGCACGAUGAUUCUCCGGCGCCUGCUGGCCGCUCUGCUGUACAGCCCGCAGCUGGUGGAGCGGCUGGCCGAGUCGUGGCCCAUCCGGCGCGCGGCGCAGCUCACGGCCUUCGCGCUGCUGCAGGCCCAGCUGCGCGGCCAGGACGCGGCCCGCCGUCUGCGGAGCCUGGCGGCGGGGCCCGCGAGCUCCUUCGGCCAACGCGCCGCGCGUUUCCGAGACGCCUUUGCCCAGGAAUUGCGUCGCGGCCUUCGGGACCGCCCGGGGCCACCGCCGGGUAGCCAGAAAGGGCCAGGCGCACACCCUUGAGCCCCGGGCGGAGGAGUCGUCCCAGGUCUGGCACGCGGCCUGAAGAUGGCCUAGGGCAAACGGUCAUCCUUUUGAAGUUCCUGUGAGGAGCAAGUUUGCACGGUGCAAAGAGACCCCGAAGCCUGAGGCCCGCGCGGAGGACAGCGGGAGGACUGCGGACUGACAACCAAAAAGGGAGCCUGCCCUGCCUGCACGGGACACACACACACGAGCUGGAUGCGCAUCUGAAGAUUACGGACGGCAAGACGGCCCUGCCGCUGCCAAGAAUGCUCUGAUUAAAUGCAUGAACUGCUAGA